AUGUUCUCUAAGAUCGACGAUGAAUGUUGCGAGCCUGAGCUGCUUGCCAAGGUCUCAGUUCCUCUCUUCUGCUCGUCUCACCGGCACGCAAGGUCGUUUGUGGAAGAAACUUUCGUGGGUCGGCUUCGCUAUCAGCUCAAAUGUACUGAGUGCCACGAGACGUUUUCACGGAGAGUCAAGUUUCGAUACCUCUCUCUCUUCCUCGACUCGGGCAUCUUUGACGUCCAAGACUCGCUUUCCCACAUGUUCAGCUCAUCUUCGCGCAUCUCGGAUGCUGCCCUUGCAUGUCCGGCCUGCAACUCGACGAACAUCAUCAUGCUGCUCUCAGUCAACGGAAGCACUCGAGCCGCUGGUCAUCUCACUUUCUUGGUAUCCUCCAUCACCAUGUCAACAGGGGGCAGCAACGCGACGUAUCAGCUCUACGCAGUCAUCGUUCACGACAAGAGCAGCAAGCACAAGUAUGUUGUGUACGUGAAGAACAAAUCAAGCAGGUCAGUCAAAGAUCCUUGA